AUGCGCUACUCUCUCGCAGCCAAAUUGCUCCUCCUGCUGGGCUCUUCCCAGCUUGUGCUGAGCUCCCCCGACGAUCAGCGCGUGCUCGCUUCCACUGCCGAACCGACGACUAACGAUGCCGCCAACUGGGGUAAAGCCCCCGUGAUCGCGAUGAAAAGCAAAGAUGCAAUCGCCGAAGCGCUCGAGAAAUAUGCCGACCCCGUGGACGCCCUGAUCUCUCUCCAGCCCGAGUUGGCGGACACGCUGGCCGAGCCCAGACUCAUCCACGUCCAUGGCGAGAAGAUGGCGGAAUGGAUGACCGAGGGCGAUAAGCUUCGUCUGCGGCGCAAGGGCAGCAAAUUCCGCGAUAUCACAGAUUUCCAGGAGCUCUACGCCGACCACGUCAAUACCUUUGCAGGCAAAGCGAACCUCCCUAAGAUCACUCACCAAAGCCUCAUCAAACCCCUCUUCCCCAAGGUCAACCAGACAAACAUGCACGACGUCCUGAAGCACAUGACGAGCUACUACAACAGAUACUACGGCGGCGUCACCGGCGAGGAGAGCUCCGUCUGGCUGCACGACCACGUCGCCUCCAUCAUCGCCGAGUCCCCCUUCCACGCCCACAUCUCUCUCGAGUACUUCACCCACGAGUUCCCCCAGUCCUCCAUCAUCGCCCGCUUCGAGCCCAAGGUCCGCGACUUCUCCAAACCCCUGACCAUCAUCGGCGCCCACCAGGACUCGGCAAACUACCUCUUCCCCUUGCUGCCCGCCCCCGGCGCCGACGACGACUGCUCCGGCACCGUGAGCAUCCUCGAGGCCUUCCGCGUUCUCGCGACGAGCGGCUUCGUGCCCAAGGAGGGACCCGUCGAGUUCCACUGGUACGCGGCCGAGGAGGGCGGGUUGCUCGGCAGCCAGGCCGUCGCAGCCUACAAGAAGAAGGAGGGCGCGAAUAUCGGGGCCAUGAUGGAGUUCGACAUGACGGCCUUUAUCGCGCGCAAUGCCACCGAGUCCAUUGGCUUCAUCAAGACGGACGCGGACGCGCCGUUGACCAAGUGGGCGGUGGACCUGAGCGAGGAGUACAUCAACAUCACGACGAGCGUCUACGAGCUCAUGCCCGGCGCGGGGUCCGAUUACAUGUCAUACACCAAGCUCGGAUUCCCUGCUACAUUUGCGUCCGAGGGAAACCCUGUUGCGGGCGGGUUCCCUGGAGAGUUUGAUCCGUAUGUGCACACGGAAAAGGAUACCAUGGAUGUUGACGAUGAGACGGGCGUGUUUUCUAUUGAGCACAUGGCGAGAUUCGCCGAGCUGGCUAUUGCUUUUGCUAUUGAUCAGGCUGGAUGGGAUAACAAGUGGAGGUGA